GGGUCGUGUCCCCAAAUCGCGCUUCCUCUCGACCGCUCUCGUAACUGGCCCGCUUUUCUCGAUCUCUUCCCAUCACGUAUAUUUCCACCUCACCCCAUCUAACUUCCCUCUCUGCAUACUCUAUAUCUACGAGGAGUUCAUUGCAAGUCCGCGGCUCUCGAUCCGUUGCAGCUUAGCUACCGCAAUCCGUUCUGCUUCUGCGGUUGUUUUGGGUGGAGGCUUUAGUUUGACUUUGGCUGAUAAGAUUUUCUAGGGCAAAUUUGAAGAUUUAUUUAUUCUUGGAAUUGGAUAAUCUUUUAUGACUUAAGCGAUGGGUACAAAUAGUGCGCAGAAGUUAUCAACCAAUGAUGCAGUGGCCUAUUUGAAGGCCGUUAAAGAUUUGUUACAUGAUAAUAAUGAAAAGUACAAUCAGUUUCUCAACAUAAUGAAGGAUUUUAAGACUGAAAGGAUUGAUACAGAUGAAGUAAUUAUGAGAGUGCAAGAACUCUUUAAAGAGCAUCCUGAGCUAAUCAUUGGUUUCAGAACUUUCGUGCCUAAGGGCUACAAGAUAAAGAUUCCUGCGGAAAAGAAGCCUGUUGAGUUCCAAGAAGCAUUCAUCUUUGUGAACAAAAUUAAGAGGCUAUUUCAGAAUGAUGAACAUACUUAUAGGUCAUUUUUGGAUAUUCUAAACAUGUAUAGAAUGGAGAUUAAAUCGAUCUCUGAUGUUUACCAAGAGGUUGCAUUGCUUUUUAAAAAUCAUAAAGAUUUAUUUAUGGAAUUUUUACGUUUUUUACCUGAUGCCCCUUCAUCAACUACUCAUAAUGCAUCAUCUGGUAGACCUUUAAUGAGAAAUGUCGGGCAUCCUUCUACAGAAAAGGUAGAGGACAGAGAUAAGGAUAAAGAACUCGAAAGAGAUUACACAAAUAGGGGCCUUGAAAGCGAUAAAGAUAGAGAAAAUAAGUUAAUUAAUCGAGAAUCUCCAUCCGUAUCCAAAGUUGAGGCUAAUCAUGAAGUUUCUUUAUUAAACCCGAUUUCAGACCCUCAUCCCUCAAGCGAUGGCUGCACGCCUAGCUAUAUUCUGCUGCCAGAAAAUUGCUGUACACCACCCGGCCGCAAAACUGAACUUGGCUUAUCCGUUCUAAAUGAUGUUUGUGUUUCGGUGGCAUCUGGAAGUGAGGAUUAUUCUUCCUAUCACAGGGAGAAAAACCAAUAUGAGGAAAUAUUAUUUAAAUGUGAAGAUGACAGAUAUGAGAUGGAUAUGUUAUUGGAGUCGGUAAAAUCAACUGCUAAGAGAGUUGAGUUAUUGCUAGAAAGGAUGCAGCAUAAAAUCAUUAAACCAGAUUCUCCAUUUCCCAUUGAGGAUCACUUAACAUCUCUAAAUUUGAGGUGCAUUGAACGGCUAUAUGGCGAUCACGGCCUUGAAGUGAUGGAUGCUUUGCAUGAAAGUGCUGGUCUUGCAUUGCCUGUCAUAUUGACCCGUUUGAAGCAGAAGCAAGCGGAAUGGUCUAUGUGCCAGGCCGAAUUUAAUAAGGUCUGGUCUGAGAUUUUUGCAGAGAACUAUCAUAAAUGGCUCAAUCAUUCCAGUUUAUGUUCCAUGCAACGAGAUAUGAAGAGCUCAAGUCCAGAAGCUCCAUUGGCUGAAAUCGCAAAACUUUGCGAGAGGAAGAGGAAAGAGAAUGGCGUGGUUCUUUCCCUUGCUGCUGAAAAUCAGAGACCUAUAGUUUCUAAAACGGAGUUUGAGCACUUGAACCCAGAUAUCCAUGGGAUCCACUCCGAAAACAUUUCACCCGGACAAAGUAGCAUGUAUGAGGACAAACUUUUGGAACCUGAGCUGGACGUUUCCCAUUCUCCUCAAACAGAGGAGACUGAUACUGAAUAGAGUAGUGCUAAAACAAGCUCAUUCAGAGCGGAUGUAAAUAUUGGUAGAAGAGGGACUGGUUCUUAAGAAUAGUUUUUAUAGCUCUGAGCAACUUGCUUCGCCGUUGGACAGCCUCAAAGGCGUCCUGAGUCUAUGUCCAUCAUCGUCGUCUUCUUCUCUAACUUCCGGACUUUUGUUGCUGGUAGGAUGGACGAGACAAAGAGUUGAUGAUUUAGGACAUUGAUCUACCUGAAUCCAAUUACAAGCAAUCAUGCAAUUUUAUAAAAGUUGCAUGUAGACUAAGAAAGGAAUCAUAUAGUUUGAAUGAGGGAAAGAUAAUUUCAUGAUUUAUGAAUUAGUUUUGAGUGUUUGAAUGUUUCUUUCAAUCUGUAAUCUGAUCAUAGCCUAUUGAAUAUAUUUUCUGUUAAUUCUAAAGCUGUUGAAAGGUCAAGGAAUUUUUUCAAAGGCCAUGAUCAGAUUACGGAUGCAUUUUCUUUAUAACUCUGAGUUUGUUUUUCUGACAAUCAUUAUGUUUGGAGAAGUUAAUCUAAUAUUAUCUGGAGAGAAUUGACUCAU